AUGGAGAAGACGUUCGACGACCAACCUCAACAGGGCUCAGUAAAGCUAGUCGAGCGACUUGUGAUUGACACGGUUGCUGCCAUUGCUGCAUCACUUGGUGUCGCGCCCUUCAUCACUAUUGUGGACCGUGCCAUCAUUGAAAAUGCUAGUGGUGCUCGCCCACUUGGUCGCGGUCUCAAAGAGCUGAGCAUUGACUUUCUUAAAAAUCCACUACGUUUCAUUGGAAAGCGUGAGUUUCAUCUGAUCUUUGGUCUCUACACCGCCACGUAUGCAACCGCCAACAUUGUCGAUUCCGUGUGCGAGCUUGCUGAUACAGACAGCCAAAUGCCAAAAUUUUUUGGAACCACAGCCGUAAACAUGUCACUUUGCAUUGCUAAGGAUCGUGCUUUUGCACGUAUGUUUGGUGUCAUCGCACCUGGAGCUUUUCCGCUUGCUUCCAUUGGUCUAUUCGCCGUGCGUGACUCAUUGACGUGCGGUGCAUCGUUUAAUGCCCCCAAGGUGCUGGCUAAGAAACUUGAGGACAAUCAAUUGAUGGAAAAGUCAAGUGCUAGCACCUUUGCGCAACUUAUUUGUCCCGCUGCGGUGCAAUUCGUAUCCACACCGCUGCAUUUGCUUGGUCUUGAUCUAUACAACAACAAGGGUCAUGCUGUAACUCAACGCAUUGGAUUCAUCCAGCGCGAAUACGUUAAGUCUGUGCUUGCACGUAUUGGCCGUAUUGGACCAGCUUUUGGAAUUGGUGGAGUGGGUAAUUCGUACGUUCGCAACACGCUUCGUGCGGGGUUGGAGUAG